CGUCAUCUGUCUGCGACGCUACAGAAGUGUGAGGUGGCACGGUAGCAGCUAGUUAGCUAGCAGACCUAGCUCCGACAUGUCUGCCAUAUUUAACUUCCAGAGCCUGUUAACAGUGAUCCUACUGCUCAUAUGUACCUGUGCCUACCUCAGAGCCAUGGCCCCCAGUCUCCUGGACAAGAACAAGACCGGGUUCUUGGGUAUCUUCUGGAAAUGUGCCAGAAUAGGUGAGAGGAAGAGCCCAUACGUGGCGGUUUGUUGUGUCAUCAUGGCCCUCUCCAUCCUCUUCUCCGACUAACAGCCUGCCCUGCCCCGCACACUAAGCACUGUGGGAUUUCUAGUGGAGGUCUAAAGAAGAUGGAGUCAUCCAGCAGUAUGAGACCACGAUCACAGAGGAGGCCUGUAUGGGACACAGCUGUUUCCACCAGUUUGUCUUUGGUAGGGUGUCGUGUGGGGUGCAGAUAACGGACAGUAGUAACACAUAGGGACCCUCUCUGGAGAACAACACAAGCCUCCCUCUUCCAUCCCUCCUUCUCCAUCCCUCCUUCCAUCUCUCCUUUUAUCGUUCUCUUCUCCGGGUGGCCAUUUCACAAUUCAGCCUCAAUCAGUUGUUAAAAUGGCCUCCUGGACCUCUGUAAACAGACAGUUGUUGUUUAUAUUUUCUGCUGUUGUCGUGUCCUAUGUGAUAUUAUCCCGUAGGGAUCGCCCCAUGUCUUUCCCUCCACUCUGAUCUGUAAUGAGGGCCAUGUGGUAGAUGGACAGAGGUUGGAGAGUAGUGUUUGAUAGUUGAGUGUUUUGUGUUUUUCUGUACAUAAAAGACCCCAUGGAUGAGACUGUUGAACCGCUGUUGACGGUCCCACUUGUGCCUUUCUGUAGCACAGGAGUCUGUUUUUUUAUCAUUGUUCACAGGGUGUAUGUCACAAAGCAGGAUUAAUGAGUUAGCCUAGCCAGCUAACCUUCCAAAAUAUUAUUGAAAUAUUAACCCCGUAUUCAACUAAUGUUCUCUUUCUCAUUCAGAAAAUAAGUAUUUGAUUAGUGUUAGCUAGCUAGCUGAUUGAUCCUGCUUGGUGAAACACGACCCUGUGGUUGCGUUACAGGUUGUCUUUAUUGCAGUCGUGAUAUGAGAGAUCUGAUGAUCUGUGCAACGUGACUGCAAUCAGUGCGACUUGAAACGCCCAUUAUCUCUAAUGACACCACUGCAGCCAAACUGUCAUUAAAUCUGAAGUGAAGACAA